AGUCGACUGGUGGCUGCCGUCGAUGUAAGACGUGUCGCUCAUCGUGAACUAUAGCGCGCGUAAACAACAUCGACACGAACUUCGACUUUUUUUAACUUCUUUAAUAAUCAUUUAAAAAAAAAAGUUUUUAUCAAGUGAAAAGUGUUUCAAAACUGUUGUUUUUUUUAACAAAGAAGGACGUGACUUUGAGUAUCAAUUUGUUGAUCAAAUAUUAACUGUUGUUCCGUCAAAACAUUAAAAUAAAAGUUUGAGAACAAUCGUUCGGUGGUUCUUUGCUGUGAUUUAUGCAUUGACUAUCAGUUUCCUGUGCGAUCGGGCGGAAGCCGAACUGAGUUAAGAAAUAGAAUUCCAGAGGCGAAUGACUCAAAUGCACUUUUCUACAUAAAUCCAGCUCAGCUCAAUCUAAAGAUACUGGAACAGUGGAACCGACCGCGGCGACGCUCCGAUAAUGGCCUCACUUCCUGAGCAGCUGUGACCCGAUAACCUCACUCAUCAAAAAUGUCUUAUCACUCGACUAUUCCCAGUCUCUCACUGACCGAACCGAUGCAGCUCUGGGACAGUUAUCAGUCGUGGACAAAACCCGCACGCAUCCUCACCUAAUCGUCUAAGCGUCAAAAAUACACUAAAAGUUUCCUGUAUGGGAUGAUGAGUGUUUGUCGCAAGUUACAAUGGGCGAUCUAUUCCCGAGUAUACCGAAGAGUACUUUCGCGAGUGUCACAGAGGGGGGGAAUUAUAGUGGGGGUAGAAUUCUGGGACUGGACGAGUACAGAUCGGACGCGGAGUUGGCUGACGUGGAACUGUUCAAGGAUUACCCGGAGCCUCUGCUGAGAUUCGCUUCGGCAUGCUGCGUACUUUUUAUGCUGGUCGGCAUUCCUGGAAACCUGAUUACUAUCAUCGCGCUCGCACGAUGUAAAAAGGUGCGAAACGCUACAGCGGUGUUUAUUAUGAAUCUAUCGUGCUCUGACCUUCUGUUUUGCUGCUUCAAUCUACCACUUGCUGCAUCAACCUUCUGGAGGCGAUCGUGGGCCCAUGGGAAAACUUUAUGCAGAAUGUUUCCAUUGGCGCGAUACGCACUGGUGGCCGUAUCACUCUUCACCGUUUUAGCUAUCACUAUCAACAGAUACGUAAUGAUCUCUCAUCCAAGGCUAUACCCCAAGUUGUACCGUCGUAAAUAUUUGGCGAUUAUGGUGGGAAGCACCUGGGCAUUCUCCUUCGGAGCCCUUAUAGCGACGUGGUUAGAAAAAUGGGGACGUUUCGGCCUUGACCCCUCAAUCGGCUCGUGCUCUAUACUUCCAGACCGCAAUAAUCGAUCUCCGAAAGAAUUCCUGUUUGUCGGCGCUUUCAUGCUUCCUUGUCUAGCAAUCGUGAUUUGCUAUGCGAGGAUAUUUUGUAUAGUACGCGACGCAGCGAGAAAGUCCCGGGCACCGGUUCGUCGGACCAGACCUGCUCUAGAAGAUUCUGCCGUUGGGUCGGCAUCGACAGCCUUAGAGCGAUCACCCGGACCGGAAAAUGGAGUUACGCACCACAAUCAUAAUUCGGCACCUAAACGAGCGUUACUUGCACCCCCAGCCCUACACUAUCCUCCAACACCAGGACCAGAACGGUCUUCCUCCUCGGGUGUAGAUACUCUAGAUGGACACGACGAAGAAUGCGCCCUCGAUGCCAAACCCCGAACCCCGAGCGGCAGUGAAACUUCGAAACGGCUCAAACAAGCUGCGACCGCUUUAAAAAAAUCGCCAGCCUCAGUGCGACCGCCUCGUCUAACAACCAAAGACAGGAAACUUCUCAAAAUGAUCAUGGCGAUUAUGUUAUCGUUUUGGGUGUGCUACCUACCAAUAACAUUGACGAAAAUAUUUCGAGAAUUCACAUCGCAUCCUGCCGCGAACAUCGCCGGCUACAUCCUAAUAUACCUAACAACGUGCAUCAAUCCUAUAAUAUACGUAGUGAUGUCCAGUGAGUACCGUCAGGCGUACAAGAACCUGCUUAUGUGUCGUCGCUGGGCGUGACGCUCACCCGGCGAUGGCGCAUCUGAAAAGCGUCCGCCGUGACUAGUCCUCACUCACUGGACUGCUUGAACAGCAUCCACGAACAAUGAACGCUACCGGCGCAAGUGUGUGUUGAAUUAAAAAAAAACUAUUUUCUAAAUAUUAAAGUAAUUUAUAUUAUGUGUAUGCGCGAACCUCGUUAUUAUAUAUGAAAUAGAUCGAUAAGGGACGUUCUGUGUAAAUAGAAUUGUGCGUAGCUACUUAUUAUGUGUAAUCGUGAACCGUCCGUGAUUAUCGCAAAUGAAAGGGUGAAAGCAAACACGAGAAUUCAAAUAAUAUCCUCGGGCUGUGUGACCAUUUGAUUUUAUAAAACAUCUAUGAGGGAUAGACUAAUGAACACUAUUCAUUACAAACUGAAAUCUAAGACAAAUCAUAAGACGUAAAAAAAAAAAUA